GGGAACCCUGCAUGCUUAUGAACCGAUUAAUUUCACUUGAAUUCCACGCAAAAAACGCAGACGUUUCACACCAUGAAGAGAACUUUUGGAGAAGCAGAGCUCGAUAGCUUAACCAUGGCCAACUGCUUGAUGUUACUUUCACACGGACGGGAUCUGGAAGCCAUGGUUAACACCAUGCCUUCAACGACAAGCCGCGUCUUCGAGUGCAAGACCUGCAACCGGCAGUUCCCUUCGUUUCAAGCGCUGGGGGGCCACCGAGCUAGCCACAAGAAGCCACGGUUGAUGGAGGGAAACCUCGAGAGCCGGUCGCCGAUUAAACCCAAAACUCACGAAUGCUCCAUCUGCGGCCUGGAGUUCGCCAUCGGCCAAGCUUUGGGCGGUCACAUGAGGAGACACAGAACCGAAGGGUUGAAUAACGACAACCUUCAGCCUGCUUUGAGUUUCAGCGGUGAAGUUUCUGAUGGUCAUGGGGAUGUGAAAAUCUUGAAGAAAGCAAACAGCAGAAGGGUUUUGUGUUUGGAUUUGAACUUAACUCCAUUAGAGAAUGAUUUGGAGUUGUUUAAACUUGGUAGUAAAUCAGCUCCCACUGUCGAUUGCUUCUUGUAAAUUGUUCAUUAUCCUUAUUACGAUACAGGAUUUUUUUUUCUUUCCACUUCUUUUAUUUUUGUUUUACUCCUUUUAGGGUUACCUUUGGUGUUGAUAUAUAUGUAUAUGUUCAUUAAUUGGUAAUAUUUUUACAGAAAUAUUAAUAGAAAACAUGAUGAUAUUUAUGAAAUUAUUUAGCUUCAAUUAA